GGGGUUGAGAGGUGGCGCAGCUGCCGUGGUGGCCGCGGCUGAAGUGGUGGCAGCUGUGGUAGUUGCAAGAGCUCCGGGCUUUGGUGGCGGCGCCGGCGGUCUGGGCUGCGCGGUGCAGACCCUGGUGUGCGGUCCGGGUUCCCGGGGCGUCGCGUAAGAUGCUACUGAUGGAGGCGGUUGUGAAGAGCACCUCUGGGCUAGUGGCUUUGAAAGGGAGCUCACCCCAGCGACUGUCUCGAGCCCUGGACGACGCCUCCUGAGGAGGCGGGCAGAGAGGACAUGGCCUCGAAUCUGGACGAUGAUGUGCCCCUCAUCCUGACCUUGGAUGAGGGUGGUGGUGCCCCGCUGGCUCCCUCCAACGGCCUGGGCCCAGAGGAACUGCCAAGCACAAAUGGGGGCAGCCACGCCAUCCACGACACCCACGCCCCCCCCACUCUGUUGUCUGGGGUGGACACCUCCCCCACCAGCCCCACCGGGCACAACUGGGAGAUGAAUUAUCAAGAGGCAGCCAUCUACCUCCAGGAAGGCGAGAACAAUGACAAGUUCUUCACCCACCCCAAGAAUGCCAAGGAGCUGGCGGCCUACCUCUUUGCACACAACCACCUCUUCUACCUGAUGGAGCUGCUCACCGCGCUGCUUCUGCUGCUGCUGUCGCUGUGCGAGGCGCCCGCCGUCCCCGCGCUCCGGCUCGGCAUUUACGUCCACGCCACACUGGAGCUGUUCGCCCUGAUGGUGGUGGUAUUUGAACUCUGCAUGAAGCUGCGGUGGCUGGGCCCACACUCCUUCAUCCGGCACAAGCGGACUAUGGUCAAGACCUCCGUGCUGGUGGUGCAGUUUGUUGAGGCCAUCGUGGUGUUGGUACGGCAGACGUCCCAUGUGCGUGUGACCCGGGCCCUGCGCUGCAUUUUCCUGGUAGACUGUCGUUACUGCGGUGGCGUCCGGCGCAACCUGCGGCAGAUCUUCCAGUCCCUACCGCCCUUUGUGGACAUCCUGCUCCUGCUGCUCUUCUUCAUGCUCAUCUUUGCCAUUCUGGGUUUCUACUUGUUCUCUCCUAAUCCUUCAGACCCGUACUUCAGCACCCUGGAGAACAGCAUCAUCAGCCUCUUUGUCCUCCUCACCACAGCCAACUUCCCUGACGUCAUGAUGCCCUCCUACUCCCGGAACCCCUGGUCCUGUGUCUUCUUCAUCGUGUACCUCUCCAUCGAGCUCUACUUCAUCAUGAACCUGCUCCUGGCCGUGGUGUUUGACACCUUCAACGACAUCGAGAAGCGCAAGUUUAAGUCUUUGCUGCUGCACAAGCGAACUGCCAUCCAGCAUGCCUACCACCUGCUUGUCAGCCAGCGGAGGCCCGCUGGCAUCUCCUACAGGCAGUUUGAAGGCCUGAUGCGUUUCUACAGACCCCGGAUGAGCGCCAGGGAGCGUUUCCUCACCUUCAAGGCCCUGAACCAGAGCAACACCCCGCUGCUCAGCCUGAAAGACUUCUAUGACAUCUACGAAGUUGCUGCCCUGAAGUGGAGGGCAAAGAAAAAUCGAGAACACUGGUUCGAUGAGCUUCCCAGGACAGCCUUCCUCAUCUUCAAAGGAAUUAACAUCCUGGUGAAAUCCCAGGCCUUCCAGUAUUUCAUGUAUGUGGUGGUGGCGGUGAAUGGGGUGUGGGUCCUGGUGGAGACCUUUAUGCUGAAAGGCGGAAACUUCUUCUCCAAGCACGUGCCCUGGAGUUCCCUGGUCUUCCUCACCAUCUACGGAGUGGAGCUGUUCCUGAAGGUGGCCGGCCUGGGUCCUGUGGAGUACCUGUCCUCUGGAUGGAACCUGUUUGACUUCUCGGUCACGGCCCUCGCCUUCCUGGGACUACUGGCCCUGGCGCUCAACAUGGAACCCUUCUACUUCAUAGUGGUCCUGAGGCCGCUCCAGCUUCUGAGGUUGUUCAAGCUGAAGAAACGUUACCGGAAUGUGCUGGACACCAUGUUUGAGCUGCUGCCACGGAUGGCCAGCCUUGGCCUCACCCUGCUCACCUUCUACUACUCCUUUGCCAUCGUGGGCAUGGAAUUCUUCUGCGGCCUCCUCUACCCCAACUGCUGCAACACCAGUACAGUAGCAGACGCCUACCGCUGGCUCAACCACACGGUGGGCAACAGGACUGUGGUGGAGGAGGGCUACUACUAUCUCAACAACUUUGACAACAUCCUCAGCAGUUUUGUGACGCUGUUCGAGCUCACAGUGGUCAACAACUGGUACAUCAUCAUGGAAGGUGUCACCUCCCAGACCUCGCACUGGAGCCGCCUCUACUUCAUGACCUUUUACAUCGUGACCAUGGUGGUGAUGACCAUCAUCGUGGCCUUCAUCCUGGAGGCCUUUGUCUUCCGCAUGAACUACAGCCGCAAGAACCAGGACUCAGAAGAUGAUGGAGGCAUCACCCUGGAGAGGGAGAUCUCCAAGGAGGAGCUGCUUGCCAUCCUGGAGCUCUAUCGGGAGGUGCGGGGGUCCUCCUCUGACGUUGCGCGGCUGCUCGAGACCCUGGCGCAGAUGGAAAGAUACCAGCAAAAUUCCCUGGUGUUUCUGGGACGGAGAUCAAGGACCAAGAGCGACCUGAGCCUGAAGAUGUACCAGGAGGAGAUUCAGGAGUGGUAUGAGGAGCACGCCCGUGAGCAGGAGUCCCUCCGGCAGAUCAGCAGCCAGGUCACUGGCCCUGGCAUCCAGCAGCCCCCGGGCAGCCGUCAGCGCUCCCAGACGGUCACCUAGUCCGCCACACUCAGCCCGCCAAGCCACCUCUUCUAUGCAAUAACCCAAUAGUGUUAUGAUCCGCGGUGCACCGGGACAUGUGCACAGGUGCCUAUGUAGGCGCAGACUUACCUAGAGACUGACAGCAGGCGGGGCUGCGCCCGCCACCUCACAGGCCUCUCCCCUUGUCUUCCUCCACUCCAGCAGUUGGCCUGGGCCUGGGGGUCCAUGAGGUUGAUCCAAAGGCCCUUCCUCGAGAAGAAUAGAUGGGACCACCUCUGGCCCACCUUGCUUGCUGCAGCAGCCUGGGGCUCCAUGUGUCCCAUGAGCUCCCCUGGGGCAGAACCACUUAGAGGAGAGAACCCAAGGCCCCCGCUGGAGCGCAGGGCAGGCAGGAGGGACAGACACUUGCUGCCACAAUCCUAGCUGCCAUGCUGGGUGGUAUGCCAUUCUGCAUCCUGCCCCGACAGGCAGGCUGCCUCCUGCUCCCACCCA